UUGGAUCAGAAAGGUUGAAAUCCCAACAACCGAAGCCACAGGAAAAAAAAAUUCAUCCCUCCACGUUCAAACCUCCCAAAAAUAUGAGGAGUCGUCCCUAUUCAACAGAACAUGUUGCGCAUACCUCAUGCCUUGAUGCAUGCGUCUGCGUACUUGCUCGCUAUAUCAUCGAAAGGACAAGCCAAGAGAGAAGCUCUGGCAAAGAAGUAGACGCCUGAUCAAUGGUAGAAAAUGGGAAUGCCCGGAAAGAAAUGGUUCCGUGUUGCCCGAAGAAAACUCUUCCGAUCAGCUCCCCGCGAAACACUAAUCGUUCUUCACAACAACAAUACAAGCCGCAGUUGCUUUAGUGAAGCAACAACAACAACAACAACAAGACUCAGCGAGGAUAUCAGAAUUUCUCUGUCUAAAGAAGAACUCGCAGCAAUUCAGAUCCAAGCCUGCUUCAGGGGGCAUCUUGCAAGACGGGCAUUUCGAGCACUUAGAAGCCUUGUGAAGCUGCAAGCGGCUGUUCGUGGGGUGUGUGUGAGAAGACAGGCUCGAAUUGCUUUGCACUGCAUGCAUGCGCUUGCAAGGUUGCAGGUCACUAUUCGAGCUCGACAGCUCCUUUUGCAAUGAUCGGUAGAUGCGGAUGAUCGACUUCGGAAGCCACAAAACAUCAACAAUCCCAUCAAUCAUAAGGGGUUCCUAUGUUUAUGAUUCAACAUCAGUCUUCGGUUUCAAGGGUUCUUUUGUUUAUGAUUCUGCUUCACUCUUCACGGUCAUUUUCUAUUUGGUUUCGCGAGUG